AUGAUCAAUUGCUCUUUUCGAAUCGAGAAUGACGAGGAUGAGAAAAAUGACAACAAUGAUAUUGCUGAUUACCCGCCAGACGAACGUGCUAAUGAAUCCUUGUACGAUUCUCAAAAUGCUAUCGAUGAGGGUGGUAAUGAGGAGGAGCAGGAAGGUAUAUUAGACUCAACGAAAUCUGAUCUCAGAGGAAUGAGGAUUGCUGAUAAUAUCAAUCCAACUUUAAGACAUUCAUAUUUCAAAAUUAAAAUAAAAGAUAGAAGUAAAUAUAUGCAUAAGCGGUCGGCGUGCUGGUUGCAAUUGAAUCAAAUAAAGAAAUUAUCGAGCGUUCUUUUAUCUCGUGUCAUGCAGGAAACAUCUAAUAGCAAUUAG